UGUGAUAAAAUUUGACACGCUGAGUCUCUUGUGAGGCAUCCAUCACGGAUCCGAAACGGCCGUGUCAGUGAUGAGAGAUUCGACGACGCCCCAGUGGAUAUCGGUCCAUGCUGGUAUUAGGACCAAUCUAGGGUUUACACCCUGUCUAAUACUGUAUCGUCUGGACGCACCCUUUCUUCCGUUUCGCCAAGCUCUACGUCGUCUCCCCUCGUGACCCAGCGGUCCAACAAGUGAUCGGUACAAGAUUUUCACCGCUCCAGAGGGUACGACGACAACUGCUGAUCCACUCAUUACGCACACUGUCACUGAUUCAAGUGAUGUAUUCCACCACGACGGUUCCGAUUACAUUCACUACGACUGAUGCGAGUGACACUGCGUCAACUGUUGCACCCACGUCGACGUCGGACAUCCUAUACACCAGCGAUGCUGUCUUUGACGAUGUCCCAACAUACUAUCUCAACACGUUCACAGAGGUGUCUACCGCCACUAGUACCAUCCUCGUUACCUCGACAAACGCGCGGUUGACCAUUCAGGUUACUGGAAAACCCUUCACAGUCACUUCCGCCGGUCAAGCGACGACCAAAACGGUGACCGUCUUACCCGUCACAACGGUCACACCCGUCACAACGGUCACAGAGCCUCUAACAAUGUCGACGGCCUCUUCGGUAAAGGCGUCAUCCGCGAAGUCGUCUGCCAGAACAUCGAGUCACAGCAGUGCUCAGACCUCUUCUGCCAGAUCCUCCAGUCACAGCAGUUCUCGGGCAUCUUCUGCCAAUACUUCCAGCCACAGCAGUGUCAAAGCGUCGUCACAGGCUCCUUUAGGUCACAGCAGCGCCAAGUCCCCCUCGUCUUCAAGCACAUUGUCGGCGGGCACGUCGAGACAUAGCAGCAUCGAGACCUUUGGUGUCUCGUCAUCGCACUUGACAAGUUCCGUCAAGGUGUCUGCCUCUUCAGGGAAAGCCACCUCUACCCAGUCGCAGAGCCACAGCAUUUCUAAGUCUGCCUCCUCCACAUCUAGAGCCUCUAACUCACGCUCGUCGAGUGCUGUGGUGGCAGCCAAUGGCCCAGUAUCAUCUGUCGAGGUCGUGUCAUCCUCUCUUCAUAGCAAUGGUGCGUGUUCCUUAUCGUCCAAAGCAUCCGUCGUUUCGACAACCAAGGCAUCCCCUUCCAGCUCAUCACCCAUUUCCCAAUCAAUUUCAAGCAGAGUCUCCAUCGCAGAGUCUAGCACGAUCAGCGGGACAGCUUCGAGACUCGUCUCCGCCAGCCCAUCCAGCGCAGGGUCAGCCUCUAGCAUUGCUUCAUCAAGUAGAUCAAUUAGAUCAGUCUCGAGUAACGCGUCCAGUGCCAGAUCAUCAUCAAGCGCCAGCUCACAUUCGUUCAGCUCAACAGGCUCCAUCCUAUCAUCAUCGCAUUCCGCAUCAACCAGUCUUUCGAAAUCCCAACCUGCGUCAAGCGCGAAAAGCGUGUCCGUGUCGCAUUCUGCGUCCACAAGCGCAUAGAAGGCGAGAAGUUACGCUCCGAGACUUUAACCAUGUCCCUGCAAAUUGGCUAUCGCCUUGU